AUGGCUCCUGGAGGUUCACGAGGGUUCAACUGUUCGUGGGAGAGAUGCGGAAAGUCGUUCAAUCGCAAAUCCGACUUGUGCAGACACUAUCGCAUUCAUACCAAUGAACGUCCAUACCAUUGCACAGUGCCCAGUUGCAACAAGAGCUUUAUCCAACGCAGUGCGCUAACAGUACACUCGCGGACUCAUACCGGCGAAAAGCCCCAUGUCUGCGACCACGAAGAUUGUCGCAAGGCCUUUUCUGACUCAUCGAGUCUGGCGCGCCAUCGUCGUAUACACACCGGCAGACGUCCCUACAUUUGCUCCGAGCCUGCGUGCGACAGAAGCUUUUGCCGGAAAACCACCUUGACAAAGCACCAAAGUCGUACUCAUCAACCAGGUGGAAACACUCGCCCAUCGUCUGAAGAGGCGCCUACUCCAGAAAGCAUGACCUACCAGACGCCUGUUAUUACAACGAUGACUCCUAAUUCUAAUCAAUACAUGAUUGCGCAACAACCCUACUACCACAAUGGACCUCCACCAACUACAGUCGACUUCUACCAGAAUUCCCAGCCGGCUAUUCAUUUCCCUCAGCCCCAGGCAAUGGUGCCUCAGCCUAUCCCCACCGCUGGACUUCCAACACCACCUUUUGAGCCUCAACACUAUGCGCAAAUAAUGCAACAGCAACAACCCAGAUACGACCCAAAUCCUCAUCCAACUUACAUUCACCCGCAAUAUCAGUCUCCAACUCCGCCGUUUGUCGCGCAACAGCAACAGCAACACCACAUGACAGCGGAUGUUCGCCCUCUGAUGGCCACAUAUCAUCCUGACCAAUUUAAACCACCUGCUCGGAUCUUGAGCUCACAGGAAGGUACGGACUGGUCGUUCCUCGGAUGCCUUGACUGGAGGUGCAACCCCGGGCCCGGAACACAGGAUUACGCAAUUACUUUCUCGGGUAAUGAGAAACGGCCACUUCUAGGACUGUCCUGA